AUGACCUCCCAAGCUCUCCUCCGCACCCUGACCCUCCGCGCAACAGCGGCCCGCACGUCAUGCCGCGCCUCGAUCCCCGCGACCGCGACGAGACCCUUCACGGCAUCCUCGACGACGAGGUUCGCGUACAAGGACACCCAGGACCGCGAGUCCCUGAACCCGGCCUCUAACGAGGGGACCAAGACGGGCCGUGACACGGAGGUGGCGCACGAGAAGGAGGCGUUUGACCCGUCGACGACGCGGCCCAAGGGAGAGAAGAGCGAGGACAGCGGCACGCUUGAUGUUAGCGGCGCGAACCAGGCCGCGUCGAAGCCGCAGGGGGAUAACCCGGGCGGAAAGGGUGCUGGGCGGAAGGAGGGGGGCGGUGAGGGGAGUAGCGGUGCUGGGAGUGCGCCCAAGGCUGGGAAGGCGUGA